UAUGAAAUUGCUCGAGGAAUGGGGAUAGAGAGGAAUCCCAAGUUUGGGAAUUUGUGGACCCCAUCGACGAACAAAGAAUAACGCCAGCCAGCCGUAGGUUGCAAUAAAAGAUCUUCCGAAGUCCAAGCUUCAAAUUCACGAUCAUUGAAAAAGUGCUUUUGAGUACUGCGCCGCUUGAAGAGAUCAGAUCAGUGAAUAGGGAAGGAGAGGAGAGGAGAUGGGGGUAGUGAUAAUCGACGGAUCCACCGUGCGGCAGUUCGUGGAGGACGAGGAUAAGUUCACGAAGAGCGUCGACGAGCAGUUCGCCGCCCUCGACCUCAACGGCGACGGCGUGCUGUCGCGCCCCGAGCUUCGAAAGGCCUUCGAAUCCCUAAGGCUGAUAGAGACUCACUUCGGCGUGGACGUAGCCUCCCCUACCGAGGAGGAGCUGUCCAAGCUCUACAACUCCAUUUUCGAAAAGUUCGACUGCGAUCACAGCGGGAGCAUCGAUCUACAAGAGUUCAGGUCCGAGAUGAAGAAAAUUCUGCUGGCCAUCGCUGACGGCCUCGGAUCUUUUCCCGUUCAGAUGGUUCUCGAGGACGACGAUAAGAGCUUUCUCAAACAAGCUGCAGAUCUGGAGACUUCUAAGCUUUCUCAUUGAAUCUACGAUUCAUUCCUGAUUGUAUGUCCGUCCAUCCAUGGCGCCGGAGUCGACGCCCCUUUCCCAUGUUGUUGUUGUUGUUUUUUUUUUUUUUUUUUCUCAAAAUAAGAAAUAUAAAGUCUAUCGUGUGUUUUGCCACAUAUAAUAAAUAAAAAGUUCAUGAUUUUCUUU